CGGACGCAAGCACGCUCCCUUGAGUUUAACGGUCGCGCGAGGCCGACCGCCGCAUCCCGACCUCGGCGGAGGAGCGGCGGCCAGAAGCAGUCUCCACCUUAGUAUAAACGGUGGGGUAUCCUCUUUCUCAGGGAAGACUGGACCAUCUGUCAUUCAACGUACAAUUGAAGUCCUAACCUCUUUAAUGCAAGAGCUACAGAACAGUGGACAGACUGACUCAGAACUUUGGAAAAACUGUGAGACCAGGUGGUUACAGUUGUUCAAUUUGGUAGAAAAACAAUGCCAAGAACAGAUAGUUGCCCAGCAGGAACAAUUCCACAACCAGAUUCAACGUAUACAGGAGGAGAUACGAAAUUUAAUCAAGCUACAGAUCAGUAAUGCUUCUUGGGUUUCCUACAAUAGAAGUUCUCCAAGCAAACAAUUAUCUUCUGAAAGUCAAAUGGGCUUUUUUUCUGAAACUAGUGAAAGAAAUGAAUCUAUUGUUAGUUAUCCAGAGUCUAAGGAACCUGAGAUGCAGCCAGAAACCUCCACAUCACAACCAGACUGCAGUGUAGAUGACAGCUCAGUGAGCAGUGGGUAUGGCACCUUCUGUGUCUCAGAAUUAAAUGCCUCUAGUGCUAAAGAUCCUGCAAAGCUUAUGGAGCACACAGAUGUUUCCAAUGGGCAGCGCAUGCUGUCUGUGAUCCAUACAGAUUCACCUGCAGAUGAUGGAGGGACCAGGAGUUUUUUCACACAGACCCCUGAAGCAUUUGGUACAUCUUUAAAGGAAGAUGUUUCCAUCUCUCCUGGUGAAUUUGAACGUAUUUUUCUUGGUGAAAACAAGAUUUUUGAAGUAUACAGUGGAAAAUCAAAUAGCAAAUCUAUAACAUCAUGGGCACAAAAGCUGAAGUUGAACCAACCAAAGAGAGCACAUGUUGAAAACAGAGGCUUGAAAUCUAACCAAAGGGCUGAGCCAAGCAAGAAACCUGCAGCUGAAAAGUCUGAUUUUGCUGCUGCUGCACAGCCUUGUGCUUUUUACCUCAAUAAACUAGAUGAAAGCCCCAAUUCUUGGACGUCUGAUUCAGGAACAGGAUUGACUUACUGGAAACUGGAAGAGAAGGACAUGUAUCACUCUUUGCCUAAAACAUUGGAGAAAGAAUUUGCACCAUCCUCCCCAGAUAGGCCAUCAAGCCAGCUACCAUCAUUGAAAGAUAUUUAUCAUAAAAACCAAAGGGAAAACAAGCAGUUACCUGAGAGGAAUCUCACUUCUGCUUCCAGCCCAAAUCAUCCACCAGAGGUACUGACUCUAGAUCCAAUGUUACAUAUGAAGCCAAACCAGCUGACUUCAGGGAUUCAACCACAUGGCUCGUUGAAUGCUCUUGCUGACAGAAUAUCCUUUUCACCAGACUCUGUUCUAGAACCAAGUAUGUCUGCUCACUCUGACAUUGACUUAUUUUCACAAGCAAGUAACAAUGUGUCUCAGUUAUAUGGAUUACCAAAAUAUUCUUCUAAUAUGAAAGCUUCACCGAUGGACUCUUGGAAAAAUCAUACAUUCCAAAGUGCAAGUAGGACAAGUUCCACAUUUCCUUCAGUCUGUACUAUUACAAGCAAUGAUAUUUCAGUCAACACAGUAGAUGAAGAAAACACUGUAAUGGUAGCUGCAGCCUCGGUCAGUCAGUCUCAGCUUCCAGGUACAGCCAACAGUGUCCCAGAAUGCAUUUCAUUGACUUCCCUGGAAGAUCCUGUGAUGUUGUCUAAAGUCAGGCAGAACCUAAAGGAAAAACAUGCUCGACACAUAGCAGAUCUUCGAGCUUAUUAUGAGUCAGAAAUAAAUAAUUUGAAACAGAAGCUGGAGGCAAAAGAAAUUUCUGCAGUUGAAGAGUGGAAGAAGGCCAAUCACCUUCUUGUAGACAGAUGUAGCCAACUAGAAAGUGCCUUGAAUGAAGCUACUAGUCGUGUGAGAGCACUUGAAAAUAAGAAUAACUUACUGGAAAUAGAAGUGAACGAUUUGAGAGAACGCUUCAGUGCAGCUAACAGUGCCUCCAAAAUUUUGCAGGAACGAAUUGAGGAAAUGAGAACAAGUAAUAAAGAAAAAGAUAAUAGCAUCAUCCGACUGAAAUCUCGACUGCAGGAUUUGGAGGAGGCAUUUGAGAGUGCAUACAAACUCUCAGAUGAUAAAGAAGCUAGGCUAAAACAAGAAAACAAAAUGUUUCAAGAUCUCUUAGGGGAGUAUGAGUCCCUUGGAAAAGAACAUGGACGAGUAAAGGAUACAUUAAAUACAACUGAGAACAAAUUGCUUGAUGCACACACUCAGAUUUCUGAUUUGAAAAGGAUGGUUUCAAAGCUUGAAGCUCAAGUGAAGCAAGUAGAGCAUGAAAACAUGUUAAGUCUUCGUCACAGUUCCCAAACGCCAGCAGGACUCUCACGUGCCAACACACUAGCAACCUCGGAUGUCAGCAGGCGGAAGUGGUUAAUACCGGGCUCAGAGUAUUCCAUCUUUACUGGCCAGCCUCUGGACACUGGGGACAGGAAGAUGGAUAACCAACUGGAGGAAAAAUCCUGUGUUCAUGGGUACCAUUCUCCUCCAGAAAAGGAUUCUUCACCUGGAAAUUCACCAGCAAGCUUAUUUAUGAAAAAACGAGAGACUUCAGACACACCGAUCAUGAAAGCUUUAAAAGAACUUGAUACAGAAAAGAUACUUAAAGAUUGGGGGACCCAGACAGACAAAGAUGGAAUGUCAAGUAAACUAGUGCAUCCUCGCCAAACUGAAUCUUCAGUCAGUACAGGUCGCUCCCCAGAGAAAUGUGCCCAGCAAAGACAAAAGAGACACUAUUCAUCCUCACAAAGAUCAUCAUCUUUACCACCUUCAAAUCGUAAAUCCAGUACUCCAACAAAAAGAGAGAUUAUGUUAACACCAGUGACUGUGGCUUACAGUCCUAAGCGAUCCCCUAAAGAAAACUUGUCCCCAGGAUUUAGUCAUCUACUUAGCAAAAAUGAAAGCAAUCCAGUUCGAUUUGAUGUCCUUUCGGAUGAUUUAGAUACUGUUCCUGUGUCCACGUUACAACGAACCAAUCCAAGGAAACAGCUCCAGUUUCUAGAUGACUCAGAAGAAAAAAUACAUUCAGAAAAAACCAUCGACAACCCUGUUAAUCAUAGCUCUUGCCCUGAACCCUUCCCUAAUGAAGUGAAGAAUGUAUCUGUGAGACCAGCCUGGGAGAAGAAUAAAUCAGUUAGCUAUGAACAGUGUAAACCUGUUUCAGUGACACCACAGGGUGAUGACUUUGAGUAUACAGCAAAAAUUAGGACCCUAGCUGAAACAGAACGAUUUUUUGAUGAACUUACAAAAGAAAAGGAUCAGAUUGAGGCAGCACUAAGCCGAAUGCCUUCUCCUGGAGGAAGAAUCACUUUACAAACAAGAUUACAUCAGGAAGCCUUGGAAGAUCGUUUGGAAAGGAUCAAUCGAGAACUGGGUUCAGUUCGCAUGACACUAAAGAAGUUUCAUGUUUUGCGCACCUCUGCAAAUAUUUGAGAUUUGUAGCCAUUAAAUCUGAAACAUUUUUGUUUGCACUAAUCUAUAAUUAUGCACUCAGAAAAGGCAAGCUAUUUUGUACUGUUUCUAAGCCUUCAAAACAGUAGUUUUACAAUCAUGCUAUUCUUACACGUGCUGUUUUAUAAUCCAAAUAGCCACAUAUUUUCAAGAUAUUUUUGUUAUGCUCAGGAACCUGUUGUAUAUUUUAGUAUUUAAAAAGCAUUAUUUUUAAAUAGCACUUGUCUUCAAUUUUAUAUUAAGAAUAAGGAAAUGUAAGAGACAGCUUGUUUCUAAAGAAAUUGUGUUAUCCUUUUACAGUGAACUUUGCAUACCAAUUUUAUAAACUUGUUCUACAUUGUAAAUAUAGUUCAGUUUUAGAAAUAAAUGCUUAACCGCUUCCAUAAAGAUAGACUAAUACAUGCCACAUACAUUUAAAAAAUAUAAAAUACUUAAGCUGGGCGUGCUGGCUCACGCCUUUAAUCCCAGCACUCAGGAGGCAGAGGUAGAAGGAUUGCCAUGAGUUUGAGGCCACCCUGAGAUUACAUAGUGAAUUCCAGGCCAACCUGAGCUAGAGUGAAACCCUACCUCAAAAACCAAAAAAUAAAAAUAAAAUACUUUGCAUCUUGUUUGUGUAGAGGUUUUUAAAAAUUAUGUCAAUUUCUAUUUGAAACAUACCAUAGAGUAAAUAUCAGAACAGUAAUAGUGAACUAUUGGAAAGUUUAUUUGUAAAGAAAGAAAAAAAAAUGAGGGAUAUAAUAGUAAGCUAUUGGAAAGUUUAUUUGUAAGGAAAGAAAAAAAUGAGGGAUGUAAGUUCACUUAAUUUUGUCUUAUAUGUAUUAUUUUUAAAAAAUGUUAAAUAAUUGGAGAGCUGUAUUUCUGCCCGUCAAGUGAAUUUAACUUGUGUCACACUGGACAACAAAUGCUUAGAUAAAGCAUUUUUAUAAUCAGACCAUCACCUCCUAAGCAACCAAAGCAGCCCUGAUUUCCAUCAGGUAUAAAAUUUCCUCUGGGGCUGGAGAGAUGGCUUAGUGGUUAAGCGCUUGCCAGUGAAGCCUAAGAACCCCGGUUCAAGGCUCGAUUCCCUAGGACCCACGUUAGCCACAUGCACAAGGGGC